UCAACCCCAAUUGUGUGGAGCUCCUAUUUUCUUUAAGAAAAUAACCGUCAGUUGUUGUUCAGUUGGGCAAGUGUUUAGUUUAGCUCUUCCAAUUUAUCUUUUCUGAUAAAAAAAAAUCAAAAAUAAAAAAAAAGUUUAACAUCACAUCACCACCGGAAAUUGUGAUUUACCCUUAAUUUCUGUAACUACUGACUGCAGUCAGUGUAUGUGAUUUAAUUGUUAUUAUUGUGUGUGCAUUAAUUAAUAAAUUGAAUUCCAUCAAUCUCUGUCUUGCUUAAUCGUUCGCUAAUAUUAUAAAGACUACUAAUCUUACCAAAACCAUGUCGAAGUCAACAAAGCUCUUUGUCACGGGACUAUGCCUUAUUGCUAGUAUUUCAUUUAAUGAAGCCCUAGAAUGCUACCACUGCAGUUCGGAAACAAUUGGCAGUGAACAAUUUUGUGGACAAGUUUUUCGAGAGGAUAAGAUUCCCGAAACAUUGGAAAGAUAUAAUUUGAGUGUUGUUCGUUCUUGUACUUCAACUUCUGAACAUUUAAUUCCAACAUGUCGAAAAAUCGAAGAAAAGAGAAAUGGAAACAUCAUCACCAAACGCUUUUGUUUCUACACCAACAAAUCCGAUUCAAUUUUCUGCAAUGAACCUCAUGAUGGUAGCCGAGAAUUUUGUCAAGAUUGUUUCACCAACAAAUGUAAUUCAGCAUCUCAAUUGAUUGCUCAACAAUUAGGAUUUAUUCUCAUUCCUUUACUUAUUGCAAAAGUAACUCUCAUUUAAAUUGAUUAAUUUUAAACUUUUUAUAUUUUCAAUAUAUUUAGUUUUAAAUGCAUAUAAAUUGAAUCAUUCUGAGAGUGCUUUAUAAAUAGCCAAAAAUUAUACUCAUUUUAAGCAAAACCAUAUUAAGUUACAAGAGUCGUGUCUAUAUUUAUAGUCAAAUGUAAGACAGCUUGUCUAAGUUGGACAAAUUUAAAACAUCAGUAAUAUGUUAAUUCAACUGACUUUUGUAUAGAAUGACAAAAAAGACACAAAAUAAAGAAUUAUUCAAAUAAGUUAAAUUUAAAGUCUGUAUUUUAAGUAUCAGAGAAUGUGUUGUAGAAUGUUUAAUUUCUUUAGCCAUUCAAAAACAAACUGCCAAUACAUCUUUCAAAUAAUAUAUUGAAUUUUUGGUUUUACACAUUUUCAACACAUUCUUUUUACGUAAUAUUUUUAAACUUUCUAAUUUUAUAUCUAAAAUAAACAUAAACAAAACAAAAGAAGAGUUAUGAAUAAAUCGUGCUGGAUAAAUUAUAUGAACUAUAAAUAAUUAAUUAAGAAUGUACCUGUAUCUAUGCUUUUUUUAAAACUCUUAAGUACUUUUUAUCUCGAAUAAAAACAAUUGGUUAGUAAUAUAAAAAUUAAAAGACGUUAAUGACAAAUUUAAAUUUAUAUAAAUUAUUAUAUUAUACAAACAAAAUUUUAUAAAUGUGCUUGGUAAAAAUGUUUAAAGUAAAAUGUUAUAGAAAUAGAAUAUUAUACAUUAUGUAAAUGUUGUUACUACAUAUAUGAUAUUAAGUUACUGUUUCUAUAUUCUUAAAAAAAAAAACUUAUUCUGAGUGUAAAAAAGUCUCUUUUUAAAAAAUAUACCUAUUAUUGGAAAAAGAAGAAGUUGCAUACGUAUUCCUAUGUACAUUUAACAAAAAUUAUUAAAAUAAAAACCAUCGAGAUUAUAAUUAUAUACCUACACAUAAAAAAAUUUGCUUUAAAUAAAUUUAUUGGUAUGUGAAUUUCCAAAGUUGUUAAAAUGAAAUUUAAAUAUUAUAAAAAAAUAGUAACCAUUUUACUGUCAUAAUUUCCUUCUAUCACUGAUAACCGUUUUGUCAUUUUAAAAUGUUUAUAUUUUCAUUAACUUUUUAAUUUAAAGAUACAAAAUAAUAAAAACAAAAUUAAAAUAAA